AUGCCAAGCCUCAGUACAAGACUUGGUGUUUUGAAGAAAAUAUGGGCUUUAAGAGUUAAGUCACCUGUUCAGAUUGAAAACUUUCUGAACAUUCAGUUGAAGGGGUUUAAGGGAGCUAAUCAAAUCAUGGACGAGUUUACUCUGGUAGACUUUCCAUUCAUGAAUCCAUACGAUUGGAUCUCCUUGUUCUUCAUUGUGAUGAAAGAUGAACAAAAAUACGAGCCUAUUGUUGCAUAUCUGAAGAGAAUGAUCAUUGGCUACAUUCACGAAAUAGUAAAGAUGGAUGUAGAGAUUGCUUUAGUUCUAAAGAAAAAGCCCAAUUUUGAAGCUAGAAGAGGAACCAAAGAACCUUAA